GACCGGCGCGCGACUCACUGUGUGACUGGUGACUGCGAGUUUUCGAGAAAAAAUAAUCAAUUUGUAUAAAAUAAGCCGCAGCAGCGUACGCGUGGCGAGUUUAUCAAUUUAAACUAAUUAUAAAAUAAAAUAAUCCGCAAUGACUGUCGAUGAAGGUGUUGAUAUCACCAAGACUGGUGACCGCGGUGUUUUGAAGAGAAUCAUCAAGGAGGGUACGGGAACUGAUACUCCCAACGCAGGAUGUCAGGUCACCGUGCAUUACACAGGAACGCUGCUGGACGGCACCAAAUUCGACUCCAGCAGAGACAGAAAUGAACCCUUCGAAUUCAAUUUGGGCAAAGGGUCUGUAAUCAAAGCAUGGGACAUCGGAGUAGCAACCAUGAAGAAGGGUGAGGUCUGUGUGCUGACCUGUGCCCCGCUGUAUGCUUACGGCAGUGCUGGCAGCCCUCCCAAGAUCCCGCCUAAUUCUACUCUGCAGUUUGAGAUCGAGAUGAUAGACUGGAAGGUAGAGGACCUGUCUCCUGGCAAGAACAAGGGAAUCCUUCGUCACAUCCUCGAGCAGGGCACCGGAAACGACGGUCCCAAUGAUGGCGCUAUGGUCACAGUCGAACUGGAAGGCAGACUGCAAGCCGACGGAAAAGUAUUCGACACGAGAACGGUCACCUUCCCUCUCGGAGAAGGCAGCGAACACAAAGUAUGCGAAGGAAUCGAAAGAGCCCUCGAAAAAUUCGCUCUAGGAGAAAAGUCCAGGUUAACCAUCCAACCGAAAUAUGCCUUCAAAUCUGAAGGGAACGCCGAUCUAGGUGUACCACCGAAUUCUGCAGUGGAGUACAUAGUGAAAUUAACAAACUUCGAGAAGACCAAAGAGGCGUGGUCUAUGGAUGGCGCCGAGAAGGUAGAACAAGCUAAGAUGUUCAAAGAGAAGGGCACCAACUACUUUAAAGGAAGCAAGUUCCAGUUGGCUAUUAAGAUGUACAAGAGGGUUACUUCAUUACUUGAAGAUAUGCCAGAAGACACCAGUGAAACGGAAGAGAACCGCAACCUAGCAAAAGAACUGCUCCUAUCAGCCCAUCUGAACCUCUCCCUAGUCUACCUGAAGGUCACUCCUGCUCACCACUUCGAGGCCAAAGAACACGCUCUAAAGGCCCUUAAGUUUGACGAGAACAAUGUCAAGGGCCUUUUUAGGAAAGGACAGGCCUUGUUAGGCCUAGGGGAAGCUGAACUCGCCAUGAAAGACUUUGAGAAAGUUGUUCAGGCUGAACCACAGAAUAAGGCUGCCGCGAACCAAAUAAUAGUGUGCAAGUCAACGAUCGCCAAACAGAAGCAGAAGGAGAAGCAACUGUACGCCAACAUGUUCGACAAGUUCGCUAAACACGACACGGAGGUGGAGAAGCAGCGAGCUAAAGACGAGAUAGACGUGAUAGGCGAGAAGGUGGGCGAAUGGGGCGCCGCCGAGGGCGAGUGGACCGACCAGCAACGCCUCAGGAAACCUACAGAGUUCGAGAAGGAAAACCCUAACAUCCUACUGUUAGACAAAGACGGACAGUUUGAGAACAUGUAAAGAGAAGGAUAGAUGGUGUAGGAUGAUGCUUGCAUGGUUUGUGUGGUAGAUUUUGUUAAAUGAAUUUCAGAACGGAGUUUUUGACCAGUGAGUAAUUUUGUUAUGGUUUUUGUGUCAUUAAUGGGAUAUAUUUCUCCAUCAUGUUGAAGGUCGAAAUAAGCGAAACGAUGUUUUAAAUAAGUUUCGAAUAGAAAAAAAAAUUAUGAAUGACUUCCAACUUCUUUGAAAUUCUGCUUGAUGCAACUAUGUUUUAAGCUUACAUACUGGUUAAAAAUUCUGUAACCCUUACAUAUAUUAAAUAUGAAGGGGUAUUUUUAAUUAAGUUCAAAUAUUAAUUUAAGAUAACAUUCUGUGUAAGCUUCAACCUAUGAUAAAGCAUUCUGCCUCAAAAGUGCAUUAAUCUAGUUAGUGUAUAUUCAGAUCAAACUGUAUGUCGUUGCUAGCCACCCAAUAGAUCUCCUCACCAUAUAAACUAAACUACUACACAUAAUUAUUCAAAUAUACCAAACUUAAAAUAACUCUUAUUGUUGUAAACUGUAGUUUAGUUUUCAUAACUUAUCGUAGUAAUCACCAGUAUCACUGUAAUGAAAUCUCUGUGGUUUUUUGAAAAUCAAUUAUGUUAAUAAUCAAUGGACUAAAUCAUUCCUCUCUAUGUAUGUAUGUGUAGGUCAGUAUGUCUGUUGUCCACUCGUUUUUAUGUUCGGUUUUGUGAAAACUGCUUGCAGUGUCACCCUCAGAGUAACAUGGGCGAGUCGCAACUGUCAAUUGCGGGUUACAAUUUGGCACGAAUUAAUUUAAAUAUUAAGUUUAUUGGUAUCGUUUAGAUUAGUUUUGUUUUAUAAGUUUAAUGGAAUGCACACAUUUCAAUUGACUCAGUUUUUGUGUCCUUUGCUCUGAAGGUUACACUGUGAGUAGUUUGGUGUGUCACCUGGCGAGUGUUAAUUUGUAGCAUUUUGUUUUGGAUACGAGCGGGUUUAAUUGUAGUACAUUGGUUACUGUAUUUAGUUAUACGAAUAAAUUUACUUAUUAAACUGUUAAAGAGCAAACAA